CCCUGUAUAAUGGCCAGUCUCAUCGUAGACCGGCCGCUGGCGCACGCUUGCUACGCGUCCCGCUACGAACGCUACGCGCUACGAAAAUACGCAAUGAGUAAAUACGCUACGAAUAGUGCAGUGCUGAGUAAUAAAUAAUAAAAAAAUAAAUUAUAAAAGUGUAUCAUAUAAUUUAAAUGUAUAUAAGUGAUAGUUUAUUAUUGUUAUAGAAAUUAAUAUCAGUAUAGUUUGUAAAAAUGUUUAACUUAAGGAUUGCGAUUAGAAUAUUCAUAUUUCUACUAAUAACACAAGGUGCACUCUGCCUUCGAAAUGUGCACGUGGUGGUUCCAGAAGCCGUGGAACGAGGUUCCAAAGUCGAGAUGAAGUGCCUCUAUGACCUCGAACAAGAGGUCUUAUACUCCGUCAAAUGGUACCGCGGAGACCGGGAAUUCUGUCGGUAUUCUCCAAGGGACGUUCCACCGUUGAAGAUAUUCCGGAUACCCGGGAUAGAAGUUGACAGAGAGGCGAGUGACGCAGAGCGGCUGACAAUACAGGCGGCGACACAGACCGCGAGUGGUCGGUAUACGUGCGAAGUGUCAGCCGACGCGCCUUCCUUCCAGACUGCGCAAGUACACACGCAUAUGUAUGUCGUUGUUCUACCUAAAUCCGGUCCGUCAAUGCACGGUCUCAAACGGCGGUACCGGCCCGGAAUGAAGCUAAAAGUGGAGUGCAUCAGCCGGCACUCGCUACCGGCUGCCAAUCUGUCUUUCUUCAUCAACAACGACGCGGCGCUGAGUCAGCAUGUCCUGCAUCGGGUGGAUGGAGAAACAGUCGGUGGCCCAAUGACAGCGUACAGCACCAUACAAUUUGUCGUACAAAAACAUCACUUCGUCAGAGGGAAAAUCAAGAUUCGGUGUACGGCAAGCGUCUACUCAAUAUACUUACAAAGCUUAGAAAAGAGCGCUGAAGAGGAGAGGAUACGAACCACUCCGGUCAGCCUCCCAGAGGUACACGAAGCAGUAGUGUACUCUAUACAUCGCCUGCCAGAAACUAGAGACAAACGAGCAGAUGGCCCACCUGAGGGUAAGCGAUCAGCGCUGCCUAUGGACACCUGCAACACUACAGGAGUCACAGGUGGCAGCAGCAUUUCGGGGAGCGCAUCAACUACAGUGAAAAUAAUUCUUCUGUUAACACACUUACUUCCAAACGUUCUAAGAUAAUUUGUUGUAUUCUAAUUAGUUAGUAACAAUUUAUAAUCGCCUAUGUUCUAACGAACGUAUAGAACCAAAGAUCCUGAUGUUUCUAUGACUGAUAAAUUCUUCUCUAUUUUCACUGUUAAUACUUUGUAGUUGUGCCAACCCGAAUUUAUGUAUUUCAUUAAAUGGAAUACACGAAAUAUGAUUCUAAUUUACUUAAUUCCCCCAAGCAAUUAGUUGAAAAUCUUAAAUCUGUCAGACAAAUGAAUCGUUAGAGCAAAAUAAUUAAAAUUUGUACAAAAAUAAACAUUUUACUUUCAGGUUAUAUCGAAAAGUUAAUAAGUGAUUAUUUGCGUUAUAUUAAAUAGUAAUAUUAAGAGUUUAUUUUACCUGGCACUAGAGUUAUGUGUAUGCCUAGGUAUGUAUAUAUGUACAUAUGUAUGUGCUCAAAUACUAUAAAUAAACAAUGGCUAUUGUGCGUUUGAAAUAUUUUAAUAA